UCACAAUAAGGGUCUACAUACAUUUUUCAUUAGCUAGCAAAUGCGGCGGUGGUCGCGAACAUAACUGCCCGCUUGCCCUUUGUCAUACCAAAAUGUAAUGCGGCUGCCAAGAAUGUCUAACCCAAUCACAUCUGCAGCUUCACCCUUACUCACAACCACUGGGAUUUCUUUGCAUCACACCCAUUCAGCAACGGAUGUGAGCACAUUGGGAGCAAACAGUCUGGCUCGGGGUAAAUCAGUGGCCUCACUGAACUCAAACGAAGGAGAAAUGAACAGAACUGAUCCACUAACAACUAGUGCAGGUUUGCCUAAAGUAGAUGGCCAUCAUUUAAUGAAUCCAGUGAUGGCUCGCGCAGUAGCCGCUGCCACUGGAGGUAGUGCAUCCGACGUGCCUUCCGCUGACCCUUUGGACUUGGUUAUUGCAAAAAGAAAGCGGAAGGAACUUGCAGAUCCGGUGAUUGCUGAGGCAAUCCGCACGGCUUCCAAACUACCUCCACCCAGGAUACCUGAAACACAGGACAAAAAUCAAGUACCAAAGGAGAUUCAACAGUUGAUUGAAUUUGGGUUUGAGCGUGAAACCAGUGAUCCAAAGAGUAUCGAAUUCUUCCGAAACUACCCUGCGCACAAACCACCACCUUCUCCGAUCAAGUAUACACCACUUCCUUCAAUCUCACGUUAUAAGAAAUUCCGGCGGAAAAUACUAACCGGUCGCCCGCAUCGAAAAAGAGAUGAUGAAGAUGAAGAGGUCGAGGCGUUUUUAGGGGAGGAGAAAAAGACCUCUGCGCCGACAGCCGCCAAACGAUCGUUGAUUCCAACCACUGUACAUGCGGAUGAAGAUUGGUUUAUGGAGAAUGUGCUUCAUGUUGUGUGCAUCAUAUUCAUCAUACUCACCCUGCCGCUCUCAUUGAUAUUUUGUCUCAAGGUGGUCGCACACUACGAGCGAGCAGUUCUGUUUCGCCUUGGUCGGCUUGUCUCGGCCACAGCACAAGGCCCCGGUCUCAUCAUCGUAUUGCCUUGCCUCGAUCGAUAUCGUAUACUGGACCUGCGGACUUUCACAUUCGAUGUGCCUACACAGGAAGUCCUCACGAAGGACUCAGUCACCGUGGUUGUCAAUGCGGUUGUGUACUAUCGCGUGCGGGACCCGGUCCGCGCUGUUGUCAAUGUCGAAGAUGCGAAUCGAGCGACACGUGUGCUUGGACAAACAACGCUGCGGAAUGUAUUAGGGACGGUAAACUUGGACCAACUUUUAACUGCCAGAGAAGAUAUUGCUGCUCUGAUGCAGGAAUGCUUGGAUUCAGUCACCGAAGCCUGGGGGGUUAAGGUGGAGCGUGUUGAAAUCAAAGAUGUACGUCUGCCCAUCCAGCUGCAAAGAGCCAUGGCUGCUGAGGCCGAAUCCGUCCGUGAAGCUACCGCCAAAGUGAUCGCGGCCGAGGGUGAGAUGCGUGCUGCCGGGGCCCUGAAAGCGGCUGCUUUCGAAAUCAAACAACAUCCGAUCGCUCUGCAACUACGCUACCUUCAGGCUGUGAACAGUAUAUCGUCCGGAAAGGAAUCAACUAUAAUAUUUCCUGUUCCUUUAAAUUUGCAAUCGUUCUUUCAAACUCACAACGAUCCCAUGGCUAAAACCACUUUGACAGGUUUCGACGACGAACUGAUUCACAUUGAUAGUAAAAAAAUGCUAGAGUGCGUCCAAAGCAGCUUGGAAGAUCUGCAGGCACAGAUACAGGCGCAAACCGGCGGCUCUGGCGACUUGAUAGACGAUUAUUUCGGUAGGGAGCAAGCAGAUCCGUUGUCACAAAUUGUGUGAUAUGUCUGCUCUUGCCACGUCGAGUUCUCGUCAUAGUCACGGACUAUUCCCCUACCCACCCGUCCGCAUGCAUCGCAGACCACUGAUGUCAUACAUAAAGGACAUGUGCAGGACUACUUUUGAUGACCUGCGAACUCCACUGUGCAUGCACAUGCUUGUACAUGUUUUUUUCAGGCGUUAUAACUACUGGAAAAACGAUCGAUAGGCCGAAUCUAAUCAAAUUUAUCGAUAAAAC